UCAGUCUCCUUUUAUUGUCCAUGCCAAUGACUCAUCGAUCUUACCCACUACCGCAGGGCCCCUGCCUAUUCCUUUUAGAAUGUGGCAUCAGUUUCUCGCUGAGAGGGACAUCUUAGAAUCGAAGUUUACCUUUGUGUUUCCAGGAGAAUGGGCCUGACGUGGGACGGCCAUGGAGCAUUUUGUAUUGCAAUUUGAGGUUGUGGGAGUUGAUGACCACUUCUUUUUCCCCCUUUCUGUUUUUGUCAUUAUUCAUGAAAACGAGCAACCAGUAUUCUUCUAGUAUGCAUGGGAUAAACUCACCCGCUAUACCCUGCCCUUUCUACUUGCUUAGUUCCAGUACGAGUCAUCUUCGCACUCGGCUGCAACCAAGUUCAGGCAUAUACCACCUUGCUUUGCAGCAUUAUAACGACCUCUUAGUUGGUAUAGAGCAUAUCCAACUCUUUAAUUGCUGGGAAAUGAAAACCGGAAGAGGAAAGCGCUCUGAGCCCUUCUGGCCUGCCAUUGUGAUGAAGAAGUGGCUAAAUAUCAAGCCCAAGGUGUAUGAUUUUAGCGAAGAUGAAGUUGACACUGAAACCGAGAGUGAAGAUGAUGCCUACUCGGCCAAAGAUGUCAGAUUUCACGACGGCGAGGACGACUCCCGCAGAUUACGGGGGAACCAUUCUGUACACUCAGCUCAAAUACCAGGAAUAUCUUCAAAGGGCGAAACUGUGAGACACAGAAGAGGGAAAUCAGAAACUCUGCGUCUUCAGUACAUCAAUUCAAAGGAAGUGAGGGUGACAAUAGGUACUUGGAAUGUUUCUGGAAAACUUCCGGAUGACAAUCUUGAGAUUGAUGAAUGGCUUUGCAUGGAAGAAGCUGCAGAUAUGUACAUUCUUGGCUUUCAAGAGAUUGUCCCCUUGAGCGCUGGGAAUGUGCUCGGAGCCGAGACGAGGAGGGCAGUUCCAAAAUGGGAGGCACUCAUCCGAACGACACUGAACAGAUCCACGGAGCCUGAGGCCAAACACAGAAGCUAUAGUGCUCCACCUUCCCCUGAUCUGAGGGCUUGCAGUGCUACUGCCGAAAUUCUUGAAGAUGAGCUUGACGAUAUGGCAAUGGAAAUGCUGGCUGAAGAAGAAGAAGCUGCAGGAACCACUGCCGUUGAUACAGGGGAAACGAAUGGAACUAUUGAUCCGGCAAAGAAGCUCCAUCCAAAGCGAACAUGCGGCAUCAAUGGGGACGGUAGAUUGGACUGGCCGGAACAGUCCUUGGACGUGACGCCUCAAGUUUUCUAUUCCGGCUCCAAAUUGCGGAGAGUGUGGAGCAGCGUCGCCGUAGUCAGCUUCGAUCGGACGGAGGCCUGGAGCAGCGUUAAUCUGAAAAGAUCGCAUCACAGCUCCGGAAACCUAGGACUUCUCCGGGUAGAUUCCGGCGAUACGCCGGGAGAUCUCGAUUCUCCUUCGUAUAGGCCGGAAACAUCAGUCGAGCGACCGGAAAACGGAAACUCGGAAGACAGAGAGAGGCCGCGCCGGAAGUACGUUCGGAUCGUCAGCAAGCAGAUGGUAGGGAUCUAUGUGUCGGUGUGGGUGAGGAAGGGGUUGAGGAGACAUGUGAACAACGUGAAGGUGUUGCCGGUUGGAGUUGGGCUGAUGGGGUACAUGGGCAACAAAGGCUCUGUUUCUGUAAGCAUGUCUCUGUUCCAAACGCGGCUUUGCUUCGUCUGCUCUCACCUGAGCUCGGGCCAGAAAAACGGCGACGAACAGAGGCGCAACGCCGAUGUCCACGGCAUCUUACGACGAACUUGUUUCUCGUCGGUCGUAGACGGCGAUCAAGCUCAGACGAUUCCCUCUCAUGACAAGAUCUUCUGGUUUGGGGAUUUGAAUUAUCGUCUCAAUAUGUUGGACGCAGAGGUCAGAGAGCAUGUCGCCAAGCAACAGUGGGACGAGCUUCUGAACGCCGACCAGGUACCCCAUUUCUUAUUAAUUUUCCAUAUAUUAUUAUUCUUGGUGAUCUUGAAUUAUGGUGACAAAUACUGGAACCAUGGCGGCCGAUUGAUGUGGCAGCUCCGCCUAGAGCUCCGGCGGGGGCACGUCUUCGAGGGCUGGAAGGAGGGCCCGAUAACCUUCGCCCCGACGUACAAGUACGAGAUUGGCUCGGACAGAUAUGUUGGUGAAGAUGGGGAGAAGAAGAGAUCCCCGGCAUGUUUUUUGUGUGGAUGCAGGUGUGAUCGGAUACUAUGGCUGGGAAAGGGCAUAAAACAGGAGUCGUACCAGAGGGUGGAGAUAAGGCUGUCGGAUCAUCGGGCGGUGAGUUCGAGAUUCGUGGUUGAAGUGGAAGUUUUCGACCACCGGAAGCUCCAAAGGGCUCUCAAUUUCACGGCAGCCGCAGUUCAUGCAUCCUGAGAUCAAUGAGCUAGAAGACAUCAUCAUCAUCAUAUAUAUUCAAUGGGCAGAAACGAGAACAUAUGUGACGACUGUGACUUGUUUGGUUGCAGUUCUAUUUCCAGGUUUUGAUUAAAGGAUAAACACCAGCUCACCCAUCACAUAGUAAAUCUAAAAUAUUUUCGAUAGAAAAACUUUGUAAAGAAUCUUACUUCUGAAUGUAAAAUGUGGUUGUAUUACUUAAAUGUAAUUAGAAAAGAAUCAAGGUUUACUUACUUACCUCUUGU